UAUAAGGAACGCUUAGUUCUCCUCUCUAACCGAUAUAAGACCUAUCCGAAAUCAACUGGGAUACAAAGCAAAGAUAAUCAAUUCGGCAGCUUUCUCGAAGCCAGCAACACAAGAACUAAACAGAAAGCAAAACACCAGAAGCUGUUCCAUCCUAUGUUUUGGCUAUACAUAUCCAUUAGAUCUUUGUCUCUGCAUAAAGAGUAUAGCAACAUGAAAAUGUUAACUACAGAGACAUCCUAAGUUCAAAACAAUGACAGCCACCAAAUCCAUGUCCUGUCCUUACAACCACCUGUCCAUAUUCCACUCCAAGACACCAAAAAAGAAAGAAAAUACUCAGCUGGCCUAAUUAAUAACCAUCAGCUUCUUUGUUUCUACCCAUUGCCAAUCUCGUGCAUCCAUCAAUCUUUGCAAGAACUCACUUCUUCAAAACCACCAAUCCCAAUUCCAGAGCCAAGACAUGGCUGCCUGCAAAACCCCCCACCACAUCUUGCCUGAAACUCCAACCCCUCUUGAGCCAACCACGGCAUCAUGGAGCCACACCCUUAAACCAUCUGAGCUAUUUGGUGAGCUCCAUUAUCUUCCAUAGAUUCAACCCAAAUGUCAACAAACAAAGACCCAAAACAUGAUUCUGGGUUUUCCUCGCUUAAGUCAGAAAGUUUGCAAUUUUGCACCGAGGGACUUGGGUCUGAGAGUUCUGAUGAUGUUGAGGACUUGCAAAGUGAUAUGAUCAAUGAAAACUGGCAAGUCAAAGAAGACAAAGUGGUGAGUACCUGUGUGAAGCAUGUUGCAUCUGGGGCUUCGAGUGGCGAGCUUAGGAGGCCACGGAUGAGCAGAGGAGCCUUCCCUCCACCGCUAUCUUUCAUAGGAAGGAGUGGAAAGGCAGGGGUUUGCUUCACGUCCUAUAGGCAAAAUGGAAGGUUUGUGUUGAAAGAAGUAAGAAUUCCCACUCAGGAAUUUCUACAAACACGUAGAGAGCAUGGACGUCUGAAACUGCAAUUUGUUCAACCCAAUCACUACGCCCACGAAGAAGAUGAGGAAGAGGAAGCUGAUGAAGAACAUGAUGCUGUUGAAGAUCAACAUGAUGUUAGCAAUGUUGGGGACAAUGAUCAAUCUUGAAAGAUAACAAAAUCAAGAUUUUUUUUCCUUCUUUCUGGGUUAGCUUCACUUGUUCUUGUUCUAAAUCAGUGAAUAAAUCAGCCAUGAAA